GCCCUUGGCCGGGCCGCGGGGCAGCAGGAAGGAGGGAGAAGGAGAAGGAAGGAGCUGCUCGGCGGCCGGGCUCUGCCAGCCUUUGCAGCACAAGGUAAACCAUGAACAAGAUGAAAAACUUCAAGAGGAGGUUUUCACUGUCAGUUCCUCGGACAGAGACCAUCGAGGAGUCGCUGACAGAGUUCACAGAGCAGUUCAACCAGCUCAACAACAGGAGGAAUGAAGACCUGGUUCAAGGGCAGCUGCAGCUGGGACACCUGGGCAGAGACUUCCAAGCAGACCCCAGCCCCAUCUCCCCGUCCGAGGUGGAGGGACCGUCGCCGAUGGCCGUGCGCUACCGCAGCAGCACCCAGCGCCGCUUCUCCAUGGAGGAUGUCAGCAAGCGCCUGUCCCUGCCCAUGGACAUCCGCCUGCCCCCCGAGUUCCUGCAGAAGCUGCAGAUGGAGAGCCCAGAGCUCCCCAAGCCCCUCAGCAGGAUGUCCCGAAGAGCUUCCCUGUCAGAUAUUGGGUUUGGGAAGCUGGAAACCUACGUUAAACUGGACAAACUGGGAGAGGGUACUUAUGCCACUGUCUUCAAGGGCCGCAGCAAGCUGACUGAGAACCUCGUUGCCCUGAAGGAAAUCCGCCUGGAGCACGAGGAAGGGGCCCCUUGCACGGCCAUCCGGGAAGUGUCGCUGCUGAAGAACCUGAAACACGCCAACAUCGUGACCCUGCACGACAUCAUCCACACAGAGAGGUCCCUCACCCUCGUCUUUGAGUACCUGGACAAAGACCUCAAGCAGUACCUUGACAACUGUGGCAACCUGAUGAGUGUGCACAAUGUGAAGAUCUUCAUGUUCCAGCUGCUGCGUGGUCUGGCUUAUUGUCACGGCAGAAAGAUCCUGCACCGAGACCUCAAACCCCAGAACCUGCUCAUCAACGAGAGAGGAGAGCUCAAGCUGGCUGACUUUGGACUAGCCAGAGCCAAGUCAGUCCCUACCAAAACCUAUUCCAACGAAGUGGUGACGCUGUGGUACAGACCCCCCGAUGUCCUGCUGGGAUCCACUGAGUAUUCCACACCUAUUGACAUGUGGGGUGUUGGGUGCAUCCACUACGAGAUGGUCACGGGGCGACCCAUGUUCCCUGGCUCCACGGUGAAGGAAGAGCUGCAUUUGAUCUUCAGGCUGCUGGGAACCCCAACAGAAGACACCUGGCCUGGAAUCACAUCCAACGAGGAGUUCAGGGGCUACAACUUCACUCAGUACCGAGCCCAGCCGUUGAUAAACCAUGCCCCAAGGCUGGACUCUGAAGGCAUCGACUUGCUGAUGAACCUCCUUCUGUACGAAGCCAAGGGGCGGCUGUCGGCGGAGGCGGCGCUGAGGCACCCGUACUUCAAGAGCCUGGGAGACAGGGUGCACCUCCUGCCUGACAAUGCCUCCAUCUUCUCCUUGAAGGAGAUCCAGCUCCAGAAGGACCCUGGCUACCGAGGUUCAGCCUUUCAGCAGUCAGCCCGAGGGAAGAACAGGAGGCAGAGUAUAUUUUAGACUUGGAUCUCCCUUGUCACCAUGGAGAUCAAAGCACUGAGAGAGGAGAUGGCAACACGCUCCCACCUGACCCACCGCAGAACGACUGACUCGAGCAGGACGAUGCUGAGGGGCCCCUGCCCGUCCCCACAACCACAGCCCCUGCAGCAGCUGCUGUUGAUGGACCCAGUGGCCUUUUUCCACUCCUCCCCCUUCUUGUUUUCACGUUGCCCCCAUCAGACACGAGCUGCCAGCCUCUGUGCAGGUGUGUGAGGAGCUGCCCAGGGCAUUGCCCACAGCGCGGCGCCGUGUGCUGCCCUCGGGGAGCUUUUGUGAGCAGAG